AUGGCGAUCUGUACUUAUAACGCACGUACGCUUGCAUCGGAAGCGGCCAUCGAAGAUCUGAUGAUGCAAGCCAAGAAGAUCAAGUACGAUGUCAUCGAACUGACCGACACGAGACGACGUCACCCUUUCAACGUCGUAUAUGAAACUGGAGAAGAACUGUUCUUAGGAACAUGCGACAGUAGAGCUUACGAUCCGAAUCGAACGUCUGCGGAUGAGAAGAUGUGUGGUCCAACAAAAGCUUUGACUAUCUUCGUCGCUUACGCUCCAACAUCAAGCUACGAAGAAGAAGAAGUCGAAGCUUUCUAUAUGGACCUAGAGAAGUUCUACCGAGAAGAUCAUGCCUUCUACAAGGUCAUAAUUGGCGAUUUCAACGCCAAAGUUGGCCCAAGAAGAACGCCGGAGGAACUUCACAUCGGGACCCGCGGCCUACAAUGGAAUGACCAGGGGGGAGAGGCUCUCCGAGUUCAUCAUGACGACUAA